UCCAGGAGAUGAUGUCAGAUGACUGGUUCAUUGGAGUCGAGGAAGUUCCAUUUGAUUCACUCCCCGAAGGAGUUCUUAUGGCGACUCGUAAAUCUGAUGGAGAAAAAAUCUCACAGAUGCAAGAUUCUCGCCUUUCUGAGAGGUCGUUCGAUGUCAUGGACCCAAGCACCCUUGACAGCAAACUAUUGAGAGAUCUGUCAACCCAACUCAUCAUAAUGAGCGCUUCCACGGUUGAAGACUUCCGGCCGGAGGUUUUCAAAAAAGUGCUUUGCGUUCUGUACACACAUGGGAUGCCUAAUAGAAGUCUAGAUAAGAGAACCCUGGAAGGAACACAUGAAGAUGCCAAAAGAAUCACCCGAGAACUGUUACUGGGGAUCCAGAGGAGAAUUGCCAAUGGAUCUCUGAUUCUGACAGAAGAGGAUGAAGUCCUGUCCGACCGAGACAUGCAGUCUGUUAUAUCAGAUCUUUUAAGACUGCUUGAGGACCAAUCCAUCCAUCCAGAACCUCAUGAUGACCCUGAAUGUCUUCGUCAAAUAAGAAAAGAAAAGAAGACAAAAGCAGUCAAAUGCAGUUUCAGAAGAAACUGGAACAGGGUAAAAAACACCUUUAGCAGUUGAG